AUGUCACCCUCAGCUGUGGAUGCUAUUGACGUCGCCAACGGCAAUUAUCGGCCAGGUUUAGGUUUUGGUUCCGUUCGAUCAUUGGGUGCUCUGAACUGGAAGGACUCAGAAGACGAGCGGGCGCUACAAGGAGCUGAAGUUAUUACAGCAGCACUCAAAUUCAAGGGGAACCCACAAGCCUUGCAUAUCAUGCCCGGGCAAUCCCUGCAAUACAAAUGCAUCAUCCCAGUUAACGUGAUUAGGGGAAGUCGGAAGUCUAGCUGGAUGAACAUCAGGGAAAAGCCUUCUCCUACAGGUCCGUCAUUCAAUGUUUUCAGACCCCGAACUCUCGAAGACAGGCAUCAACAGUUCCGUCGUGCAUUGAGGGUAGCGGACCUCAAACCUUUCGUCUUCUACCUCCGCCACCUGUGGAAAUGUGAGCCUGGAUAA